AUGUCCACGAAGACCAAGUUGGCAGAUAUGCUUGGCUUUCGAUCUUCCUUGGGCGCUGCUACGCUGUUUCUGCUAGUCGACAUCACCUGCGAAGCCGAUGGCAUCUUUGUCCCGGAGGACGAGCCAGACCUCGUCCGCUUCGUCAAGGCCCAGCACGCCAAAAAGACCAUGCUUAGGCCAGGUGGCAACGGCCACGGGUUCGGCAACCUCACGACCUGCGUCAAUAAACAACAGCACCCGGCCCUGCACGAACACGGCCUGCAGGUGCAGAACGUCGGCAGCGAAAAGGUGCAGAACUACAUUGGUGCUGCCACUACAGGCACGCACGGCACGGGCAAGCAGAACCAGAACCUGGCUACCCAGAUAAUGGGCCUCCGUGUCCUUGGUGCCCGCGGCAAUGUCCAUCUCGUCAAUAAGCAACAAAACCCCGACCUCCCAAAAGCCUUUUGCGUCUCGAUCGGCGCCCUGGGCAUUAUCACUGAAGUCACCCUGAAUGCCGAGUCCCUCUCAUACAUGAAACGCACCUCAAAAGUCAUCCAGGCCUCCGAGAAUAUCACCGAGUUGUACGCCCAGAUUGCCGAAAUCGGCGCCAAAUACCAGCAGGUCAAUAUUAUUGGGCCCAAUCUCGACUGGAAUGCCGACAGACAGGACCUCGUGCUCAAGCCCGAACUCACCCUCGUCUACUGGGAAGACACCAGCUACGGCGCCGUCCAGAACUGCUCCGAUUUCUGCGCCAAUGACUGCGGCCUCUUCUGCUACCGCGGCUUCAUGGGGCAGUUCGAGCACAUUGUGCCCAUCGAACACCUCGCCGACACGGGAAUCGAUUAUCUCACCCACGCAAAGUCCCAGGCUGAACGUAUGCGUCUGUACCAGGAUGUCGACGUCGACGGCGAGUCCCGCACCGGAUACCGCAGCGACGAUGUCACGGUGAUCACCCGUGAUCACCCGCCUUAUCAAGGGCGACAAUACCUGGUUCUCUCCGCUAAACACGUACGGGCUGCCUCCCAACGCAAGCGGCGUCUUCGCGGCCCUCAAGUACUCCUGGAUUCCCUCGUACAACAACUUCACCAUGCAGUGGUUUCACCAGGAACUGGCGAGCGAGUUUAUCCCGCUGUUUGGGGAGAAGUAUGA